UGAAUAGCCCGUCUGAUUUUUAAUUUUAUUCAUUUAUACCAAUUUAUAUUCCAAGUCCAAAUUCUAACUAAAAAGUAAACAAAACCAAAAUAUUGCUAAAUUAGAUACACAAUAAAUUUAAAAAAUCUAGUAAAUAUAAAACACAAUGUCCAAUGGGAAAAAGAAAACACCCAAAAAUCCAGCGAAAAGUGAUGAAAACGACGAGGAACUAAUAUUCAGGAUAUACAGCAUAAUAUCAUUUUUCGUAGUGCUAAUCGUGAUAGGCUUGCCGAUAUGGUGGUACACGACCCGAGUCUACCGAGCCACUCUACCUCUAACUCAAAUGGAAAAUCACGUUUUAAACAACAACAGCGAAAAGGAAUUCAGAAUGCCCUUAAGCCUAGAGUACGACGUGUUGAUAACUUUCGCGCAUUCGGACCCCCUCAACCCCGAAGUCCGCAUCAAAGGCGAAGACCUCGAGGACAAGUUGCUACCCGUUCUAGAAAGCAUCUCGCAAGUUUUCGACUUUGUAAUCAAAUCCCAAUGGCUCUACACGUUCGAUUUAGGCGUGAAAUUAACGAAAAACGAGAAAUAUUACGCACUAAGCAGAGACCAGCUGCCGCACGUUAUUACUCCGUUGGAAGCCAAAUUGUGGUCUCACAUGUCUCCGAGACCCACGAUAAAUUUACUAGUCUAUUUCCAGCGCUGCGGCGACCUGCCUUUGUACGUGUUCGACGAGAAGAACCAAAGGGUAUCGAGCAACUCGUUCUUCAGCUCGCGAUGGGGAGGCGUCCACGUUAUCAACCCGGAUGAAGAGUCCUGCAAAACCGGCGUGUUUACGCCGAAUUUGCAAUCUAUUACUUCGAUAUUCGUGACCCAGUUGCAGAAACUGUUCAAAAUCGAUAACAUGCUCGAUCCCGAUGAUGUCUACGAGUUCAAAGUGAGGAAGAGCACGGAAAUGGUCGAGUCCACGCGAAGGACUUUGAAAUCCUUGGCUGAGCUACUCUCCGAGAUAAAGUCUAUCGUGAUCAGCGAGGACGUGGGGGAGAAGAUUCGUCUUGCUGUGAUUAGUGCCGAUAUGGCGAAGGAGUAUUUGCAAAACUCUUACGUAGACAAAGGUUUAGAAUUAGCCAGGGUGGCUUUUAAAAAUUCGGAGGAAGCUUUCGGGGAUCCUUCGUUGUUGUCUUUGCUGUAUUUUCCGGAAGACCAGAAGUACGCAGUGUACAUUCCACUCUUUCUACCAAUAAUGAUUCCCGUUUUUAUGUCUUUGUCCACUUUGAGGACUUGGUAUGUAAGUAAGAAAAAGAGCGAAUGAUAAUAAAACUAUAAAUUUAGAAAUUCUACUUUUUCUACUAGAUCAAAUUGAUUUGAAUCUUUUUUAUACCUAAUAUAGAGACUCCAAGCAAUUAUAUCUCCUAUUUUUAAUCUCCC